UGCCAGGCAAGCCUGCACUCGUGCGCUUCACUGACAUUGCGAUGACUUCUCUCAACCUGUCGUGGUCAUCGCCGCGUAAGCCGAAUGGUGUCAUCACGGGCUACAAGGUCAUAUACAGGACGGCGAACUCUGAUGAAGGGAUCAAGAUCGAAAGAGAUAUGACUGCAGAUAGCUAUUGGUGGCAUGUGCAGGGCCUGCGGGAGAGGGUCAGCUAUACUUUCCAGGUUGCAGCCAAGACCAGCAAGGGCCUUGGACUAGAUCAGGUGUCCAACAUUACCACGGGUCCUCAACCUGGCUCACCAGGUUCACCGAGUCAACCGGACGUGAGUGAGAGUGAGUCCUCUGUCACACUCUCGUGGAACGAGGGCCCAGAAGGAACGUCGUCAGUCACGCAUUACACCAUCGACAAAUACAAGAAAGACGACGAAGAGCACGAUGGCUGGGACUACCACGCGAGGACCACGGGCUCGGAAACACAGUUUAUCAUCAGCUACCUGAACCUGGAAACGAGCAGUGACUACCGGUUCCGCGUGACGGCGGUCAACAAGCAGGGCGUCAGUGAGCCGAGCGAGCCCACACAGUGGAUUACCACCCCCAUGCUGGACAUGCUGAUUCCGAGGCCGUUCUACGAGGAGUGGUGGUUCCUGGUGAUCAUCGCACUCAUCUCGCUCAUAUUGCUCAUUCUCGUCGUUGCCUUCCUCUGCUAUAAGGGCAAAAAUGUCAAGCACAUACACUGGAAGAACAUUGUGCAGCAGAUGCCUAAAUCGGAGAGUCAGAUCCCGACGAUGAACGGCGAUCAGUUCAACACGAUCGACGACGGUGGAUUCGCAACCUUUGAGAUGGAGAACCAAUACAGGGGUUCGCUGCGCAGUAACCAUAGCAACCGGUCGCGCGCGUCACGCCGCUCCACAUCGCGCAAGAAGGCAUAUGCAAGGGCGCCGCCGCGUCCGAGCCCCGGCAGCGUGACAUACUCGGACGAGGAGCUGGAGGAGGAGGAGGAGGGACCGCGUCCCUACGCCGAGGCAGACCCAGACAGCAGCAGCCUGACGGACAAGCCAUCUGAGUACGGAGACUCGACCGGCGACUCACAGGGCUCUGAGACAGACAGUGGUCCUGAUAGCAUGGCUAAACGUGAUGCAAGUGCGUUCACCAAUCACUACGCGCAGGCAUCGUCACAGUCCGUGUGGCGGCCACCGGUACGUCCGCCGAAACAACAGCACAGCUAUACGGACAGCGACGCAAGCCAGGCACUCAACAACGGCCACAUCAUCAUCAACAACAUGGCCGGCUCGCGAGCCCCGAUCCCAGGGUUCUCCUCAUUCGUAUGACCUCGGUCGUGACCUUGAUGCGAGGUUUGGGUCGGUGCCUGGUAGUGUGUAUUUUUUAAACGUUUUGUAAUUUUUAAACGUUUCGUGGGAUAAAUGAAGUGAUUUUUUAUGACUGUUGAUAUGUUAUGUAAAUUUAGAGAUCUAUUCACUGUAAAUAAUGACCAUUUUGUUUCUUCAGUGAUGUAAUUAAGUAUUGAUGUAUCAUUUGUAUCAUGCAUGCUAAUCAUCCAAGUGCAAAAAUGUUACUGCAUCACAUAUUAGUUAUAGUAAUGGUAUAUACUCGGCUAGCUCUUGUACAUAACUGGAGUGAAAUUCCUCACAUAUUGUGCUGUGAUCAGGAUUAGUGUCGUGUUACUCAUAUCAGUCUAGUCCCCGAUUCUCCUCUCCCCUGCCUGCCUGCAACCACCCCCAAAUGCACCCACCACCACACGCGUACACGCACCCACCGCCACAC